AUGGACAUAAACCCUCACCCGCAUAUUCCCAAACACAUUUUUGAGGAUUUGAUAAAGAAAUUCCACUACAUUGAUACCACCCUAUCUCUUCACUAUGCAGCGCACACAACCGAUCCAUUGGUAACCAAUCUCCUAGAUACCGCUGCCGAAAUGGGCCAGAAAAGGAUUAAAGUCAGCGACUUGGAAUGCAUCAUAUGUGUAGAUUCCUCCACUUACUUUUUGUACAAAAAAGGAGAUAAUUACUAUGAUUAUUCCCAGAUUUACCUCAAGAUUCCAGGCAUUUUCAGCCCAAAAUCAUUAUCCCAAAGGAAGUCCGCCUUCACCCAGCAAGUAAACAAAUGGAUAGCAGAGAACCAAGGGAGAGCUUCCUUGCAUUGUCAGCCUGUAGAAGAGAUAUUGAAACAGAAUGAACAAAUAUCAACUAUCACUUCUGAUUCCUUACCCUUAGUAACUUCAGCAUUAUCGAUAUCGUCAGCAUCUUCUACAUCCACACUGUCGAAAUCACUGCCGACAAAAAUAGUCAAACCUCGCUCCGGCUCUUCUUCUCCGACGAAACGUAAAGGUGGAAUUCUCCUUUCAGAUUUGAAGAACGAUUCCUCCAAAUUUAAGUUUCAGCUGCGGGACGAAGAAGUCGAGAAACAGAAAAGCAACGGUCUUUCUCUUCUCGACAGAAUACGUCUCAAGGAAAAGCUCCAGAAAGAAAAAGACAGAGAAGACGAGAUCAAUAACAGUCCACAGAAGAAGUAUGAACGAUAUUUGCUAGACAAGAGCAUUCCAAUUUAUGACAUGAUCUACCAGAUGACAAAAGAAAACCAGCUUGGAAGCACAGACCAAGCAAAGGAACAACCUACAACUCUUUCGGUGACGAAAUUGACAGCAAUUAUCACCGACAGCAUGUCGUACCCCAUUGAAAAAGACGAGAUAGUAGAUGCCUUAAACCUCAUGGAGAAGAAAUUGAAAGACUUAUGUCUCUUCAAUAUAAUCAGAAGAAAUGAUAUAGUCGUUCUCAAAGUAGGUCAGCUUCUGAGAGAUAGGGACUUACAAAUGCUCAGGAAGUAG